AUGGACGCCGCGCCAGACAGCCUCGAUGAGUGGCGAAAUCGACUGUUCCAUGUAACGGAGGUCAUGACACUCUCUGAGGAAGAAUGGAGCACAUACUGGCCCUACGUCGACAAUAUCUGGUCUCACCGCUCUACCCAAAAAUCGAAAAAGGGUCCAUUCCAAACUCAUUACUACGACUGUCGCCUGAAGGGACGUCCCCCAGGCACCCCACAGAACCAGGACCCUAACAAAAAAAAGCGCAAACGUACAGCGCGCGAGCGCGACCUCUGCGAUAUGAAAAUCAAAGUAAUCGAGACGUUUGGUGGGCCAGCCGGGAGGACAUUUACAAUUGAAAGAGUGAGGAAGGAGGGAUUGGCGGGGAGGGUGAGGGUUGGCGAUCCUGGGGGUGAUGAUGUACUGGACGGUAUGGGUAUGGGAGGUAUGGGAGGUAUGGUGCUGGAUGGUAGUGGUGGUGCAGGCGAUGAUGGCGUGGCGGGAUCGGAGGUGAUGGGCGCUGGGUUAGACCAGUAUGGACUUCCGGGAAUGCUAGGGGAAGUACAUAGACACUCACUCGAGGAGAGCGAUCGAAUUAAGAAAUGCACAGUGGAGAGGGAGGGGAUUAAGAGACAGAAAGAGAUGAAGAAGGUGCAGAAGACAUACCCCAAGAAAGCGUCCGGCCAGGCCCUGCAGACCGUCAAGCGUCACUCCAAGCCUAACGAGCUUAAGUUGUUUGGUAGCUGCUUCUGCCCAUUCGUGCAGCGCGUUUGGAUCGCCCUCGAAGUCAAGGGCCUCAACUACCAAUAUAUUGAGGUCGACCCCUACAAGAAGCCACAAAGCCUUCUCGAUAUUAACCCCCGCGGCCUAGUGCCGGCGCUCAAGCACGGCGACUGGGGCUGCUAUGAGAGCACCGUACUGCUCGAUUAUCUCGAGGAUCUUGGUGUUGGAACUGCAUUGCUGCCCGAGCAUCCGCAGGUCAAGGCGACAUCAAGACUGUGGGUCGAUCAUGUGAACCGUAAUAUCGUGCCCGGCUUCUAUCGGUACCUGCAGGCGCAGGAACAACAAAAGCAAGUUGAGCUCGCAGAGGAACUUAGGAUCGAGAUCGCAAAGAUCGUCGAUGCCGCAGACGUAGUUGGGCCUUUCUUUCUCGGCCCAUUCAUAACCUUUGUCGACGUCUCCAUCGCGCCGUGGCUCCUGCGCCUCUCGCGUGUUCUUCAUCCAUAUAAAGGAUGGCCAUUGGCUCAACCUGGGACGCGCUUGGCCGCAUGGAUUAACGCGCUGGAGGGCAGUGAGGCAGUCGGGAAUACCCUGAGUGAUCCUGUGCUGUAUUUGGAGAACUAUGAGAGGUAUGCUGAGAAUCGACCGGAUACGAGCCUGGUUGCGAGGGCUGUUAAUGCAGGUAGAGGGCUACCGUAG